GGGGCAAAACCGCAACGGGAACAACUCGUGAAAAAAGCAACACUGGGCCGAGGUUGGCGUCUAUAAUGGCGCUGAGCGGGAGCGUUAGCGGCAAAGCGCUGGCGCGGGAGCGGCAAAAAUGUCCCGUUCCGGGCGACUACGUUGCGUCCAUGUGCGUGCGCGAUGCCGUUGAGCAGUCGAACGGCAAGUUCCCUAGCUUCCGCGAGCCUCGCGAGAUCGGCAACUUCUCGCUUGUGGGUGAGCAGCGCGACUACGUGGACGGUGCCGCGCAGAUAAAGUAUCUGCGCAUGCCGAACCAGCGGCACCGGCUCAUGUGGGACCUGAACCGUGGCUACGAAGUGGCAGUGCGCAGGGACCGCUCGGUGAACGAAAGGCUGGACAACCUGCUGCGAUGGAUCCUCCGCAACAAGGACAAGUUCCUACUGAGCUCCGCUGCGAGGCCAUCGGGCGAGCCGCCCGCCGAAACCCAAAGCCUCCACACGGACUUUGUCUGCUAUCGGGGCCUGCUGACGCGACUGGCGUGCACAGCGUACGAGGCACGUGAGGACUGGCUGCUGGCAGCCUGCCGCUUUCGUGGCAGCAUCUACCUGUGCGCCUUCGAGACAGACGCAGAGCGCAGGCGGCGUCUCGAGGAUGCAGCCGACCCUCGCCGUGACCGCAUGUCCUUCUGGGGCUACAAGUUUGAGCAGUACAUGGUCAGUGUGGAGCCCGAGGGUGUGCCCGACGUGGAUGCGGUGGUGAACGAGUGCGAGGAGUACUGCAUCGUGGUGCGCAGUCGGCUCGAGUCGCACUCGCUCGUGUUUGGGGCCGAGGUAGAUGGUGUCGAUCCCCGGGUGCACAGGCACGGUCGGCAGUCGCAACCGGGCUCCACCGGAUGCUACAUUGAGCUCAAGACAUCGCGGGAUUGCCUGUCUGAACAGCAGUACCGCAACUUCUGCCGCUUCAAGAUGCUCAAAUGGUGGGCACAGUCCUUCCUGGUGGGCAUUCCACGUGUGCUGUGUGGCUUCCGGGACGACAACGGCGUUGUAGGCACCCUCGAAGAGCUCGAUGUCCGCGAGAUGACCCACAGGGCCAAGGGCAUGUGGUCGGGUGCGGUGUGCAUGAACUUCUGCAACCAGCUGCUGUCCUUCAUUAAGAAGCACGCCACACAAGACGACCCAGAGGUGGUCUACCUGUUCCAGUACCUGCCAUCAUCACGCGAGAUCGUCUGUACGCAUCUCGCAGAUCCUGGGGAGUUUGCUGUGCUUCCCGACUGGUACCUGCAGGCAUUCGAUGCCAUGUGAUGUGCACCUUUCAGAUGCUUGCUAUGACUGCGCUGCAAUGACUGACAAGUUCUCUGAGCGCACAUUGUGCCACGUCUUGUCGCUCUCUUCCCAGAAGUGCUGGCAUCUCAAGUCAAGUGUUGACCAAGGCUGUUCUUAAGAACAGACAGUGCAGCAGACAGCAAAUGCAGGAAUGCUUGAUUUUGCAGCUGUUCAAUACAAGAGUGCGUACUGCUUGUUGUGCAGAUACCAUAGAUCCUAAUUAUAUAAUUAUGUCACAUCUCACACAAAAAUAACUUGAUUAUAUUCAUCUUCCUUUUUACACAUAGCUCUUACGCUGCAAUAGCAGCAAACCAAUUUUUAAUUUACUUCUGUACAUGCACUAAUUCAUUACAUUCAUGUUUAUUUACCGAGGUUCAACUGUAGUAGUGCACACAACUUUGUUUGCAUUAUUGCUGGCUUGUUUCUUCCUAAAUUUCACACAGGGUUUUGCAGCAAGUUUAGCCUAACGACACAAGCAUUUUUUGCCUGUACUGUUCGCAAUAAAGCAAAGUGUGCAUCGUUUGCUGCAACGAAACGGUCGUGUUAUUUGGCACUGAGCCUUGGCCGUGACUGCGUUGUGUUGGCACCAGUUCGUUUUCACCGCUAGCAUGAAGGUGCGUUCUCUUUGAACCACUCACGUACCAUUUGUGAGGAAAAAUACGGCCUUGAUUCUUGGUUUUCUUUCUCCACAUUUUGUGUGUCCUCACAGAGGUACGAAAAAGCGAAAAAUAUAUACUUAAUCUGUACCUUGGGCAACAGACAAUUGCUUUUUGCAUUUGUGUAUACGCAAUCUGCACGUUUGCAGAGUAUGCAGAGUAAAACAUUGGAAAUUUCGUCAAGUCUGCCCGACAUGCUGAAAAAAUUAGCAUCGCUAGGUAUAAGAUUUUCUCAUUAUUAUCGUUGCUACUGUUGCAUGAAAUGAGGUGGCAGUGCUGCUGCAUUUCCGUGAUGUUGUGCUUUACAGCUCGCCUAUGCAUGACACCUUGCAUGUGAUACCAAAGAAACUGAUUUCCGAUUGAAUUUAGCAUGUACAUGGUGGUGCCACAUUUUCCUCUUUGCCAGCGCAUCUUCUGCUUUCUGGGCCUGCAACACUGUCGAUCUGGCAUCACUUCUUGCAGCAAACUGCACAUAAAGCAGUUUGCAAUACGCAGUCUGCGUGAGCAUGGCCUCCGAGAUUGGGCACUUCACAGAUUGCCACGUAUCUUGGACGUGUGAGGUUCUUCCUUUCACGAGCAAAAAGUGUGGAUCUCAGAGGAAGGUCCUGUAAAUAUUUGCCAGCCGUGUUAAUUCUAGACUGCCAAUGCCUACAGCUGCAGAGGUGCGUUAUAAAUCGUAGCUGCAAACUUUUCUUUUUUAAAAGCAUUUCCAUGUUACAAAUUGCUCAGGCACCAGGUAGUAUGCAUGCAAAGUAAAUGUCACGAAAACACCUGUAUUUAUUGGGUAUUUGUCUGUUCACUUGCAUGUGGUAUCUUUAAUGAACACGCAGGGAUGAAAAAAAAAGUUUUAUUACACUAACAUAUGAGUAAUGUAUAAAAUGAAACGUUCAGUGGUAUCCAUGCCUUCGACCAAGACCAUAAAGCCACAUUUCUGUAUUCCGCUUCCCUUUCUUUAACUUGUUCUCACACUCUUAUAUCUUAAAGCUCAGACAUAUACUGGCCAAGAAUAAAAGCAAGUUGCAUUCAGGUUUACCACUACUUGUACACUCAUGCUUGAGCAAUUUACCUUAGAAAAAAAUCUUUUGGCUCUUUAUGCAAAACAGCAUGCAAUUAACGCAGGUACUGUGCCACUGUGUUAAUGUUCGCGACUUUGUGCAUUUAGCCAUAAAAGUCUAUGGCAUGAGUUCGCCCACAGACAGAUUUCUGCACUGUAAAGAGGAAGUGCUUUUACUUUAAUGUUUUUUUAAUUUAAUCUUCAUCCCAGCAGUCUACAGGGGUCAAAGGUUUUCAUCCAGCUGUCAUUUGUAAGCCCUUGUUUGAUUUUUUUUCACUCUUUGCGUGCAUUGGUGCAUUCUACCUCUUCUUUUUUCUUACAAUGCACCAACUUACCCAGACGUUGUAUUUUUUAAUCUGAGAUUGAGUGCACAGAAAGCUUUCCAGCAAAUUUUAUGUCCCAUAAACUUUCAUAGCCGAUUGCGCAGCAGUUUGUGGUGUGCAGUGAAAAAUAAAUUCGUUAGGUGUGGCACGCAGUGCGAAACACAUUUGAGACACCUUAUUGACAAGCUUCAAAAAUGCUGAGUGAACGCAUUAUCUGAGGUUGCGGCGACUUGGGAGCGUUCUCUGAAUUUUACUGAGCAAUGAUCAUCGGCAGUGGCAAGCGCACAUUAAUUGAUGGCACUCUGGCUUGUUAUCACUUCAAGGCAGGAAAAGAAGUAUUGAUUUGUAGCAGCCUGGUUACUAACUUCAUCACCGCAAACUGGCUGCACAGGCAUUGUUAAUAUUUACUCUUCUGCAGUGUUGAAACCUCAGCAAUAAAAUUUUGCUGAAGUUCUGGCCAUUGGGAAGAUACUUGACUUUCUGGUAAAGGCUCUUGGCACAGCAUGGGUGAACCAGCAUAACGCAUAUUUUGACAUGUAAGCAACCAGAUAGAGUACAGACAAAUACGUACUUUGUACAUUUUCGAACAGCUUCAUACAGAUCGAGCGGAGUCGCCGCCUGGCAGCUUCUGGCUGAACCGCGCCUAUUGUGGAUUGCGCCAUGCGUCGUCUGCUAGCCACGUUGUGUUUGCAUGUGUGCAUACAUCAUGCAGGUCCUCAAAAAGCGGUUUGUUCCAUUGCGUUAGUGCAACUUUAAUCACUCGUACGUAUGCCUAACACGAUGUAAAGAAGCAUUCGGCCUUGAUCGGUUGCAUAUGCACUGUAAUAAGAUCAGUGAGUGCACUUGUCGAGAGUGCUGUCUGUGGCCGCUGUACCCUCCGUUCACGAGGGUCAUAUCAGUGGUUCAAGCGCAUUGCAGAGGGCACUUGGCAUUGUCCAAGAUGAGAAGUAUUAAAUGUCAUGUGAAUAUAGCCUUUUAGCGGCUCGGUGGUAAAAAAAAGGCUCUCAUGAGCUUGCGCGUUGUGGUUAGGUGUAUAUAACUUCGGGACUGUCGUUUAUAGGUUAGGCGACGAGCUUUAGUUACGUACGGUCCUCGUCCCACUACAGAGAAAUAUUUCUGUCAAGUCAUAUGUGACACUUCGGUACUUAAAUUGUCCCCUAAAAAGAACAGAAAAUUGAAUGACACGAAAUCGCAAAACUGAGUUGCCUUGCGCAAUUUUAACUUGUGGCGAAAUUUAUACAAAAACACCCGUGUACUUAGAUUAAGGUAUGCGUUAAAGAGCCCUGAUGGUCAAAAUUAAUCCAAACGGCGUACUUUACAUUUAUGUUGUAGUAAUUUCACGCGAAGCCACAUCUUUUUUUCUUUACAUUAUCUUGAGCGUUUGUGUUGUGUUGUUAUAGAGUGACGGAAGGCAGCGGAUAUUAUUCGCAUGAAAAAACGUACGUUGGUCCCGUGAAAUAACCGGGCUUUUGUUCCAUUACUGUAGUGCAACUAAUAAAUCGAAGAAAGUUCCGUGCUGUACAGUUACCUUUGUGUAUUGUUACUGGAAUAAAAACAAGCGUGUGCGUGUUAAACGUCUCCGUAGCGCUAAAGCGCGGUCAGCCACAUAGCUUUCCUCAGUAAACCUAUCAACUGUCCUACAUUUCAUGGAGCUGAAUAAGGAAUGCGGAUGAAUAUUUUAAUACGCAGGGCACAAAGUGCUGUUUGAACUCAUCGUGCAGGGAUACGGGCUUUCUUUUUGUUGUGGGGUAUCCAGAUGAACAAGAAGUAAAUACUUAAUUCAGUCGCACUAAAACAGUGCAUAGUAGGUGGAACACAAGCUGAACACGUAAAAAUAAAACAACAAAAAAACGUCCACCAUUUCGAAGACGUCGACUGUUGCCGAAGGCGAGCAACCCGUUCGUUGGCAGGAUGCGCUUCUCUCACAAGUAACAGUAACGUUCCGUGCGCUUCGUGCAUUAAUUCAGGAAUGAAGAGCGCGCACAUUACCAGAAAGCUGCAGUCAAUGCAUUUUGUUUGCCGGAAAUCGGGUCAAAUCGCUCACAACGAAGUGCUGUUGUGUGAAUUUGUGUACGCGCCGACAACCGCCUAUCCACACUAGCACGGCGACGGUGCUGCCACCUGUAGCCCGAUCUCGCGGUGAAUAGGGAACCCAAGCUCAAGUUUGCGGCGCGACGACAGCGCUGCGCUGCGGCUCUGGAGAGAAGCUCUGGUGCAACUGGGGGCAUGUGCGGCCGACUUAGCCUGUUUGUCGGCAGCGGGAACACGUUCGCACACGUGCCCGCGUGUUCCUCAGUCGGUGCAGGGAACUGGAGCGCCGUGCCGGCAGCUUGGUACGCUGAACCGAGAGGCUUGCUGUGCAAAGCUGCAUUUCCGUGUUGGCAGAAGCAACCCCGCGGAAGCGAGGUCCGAAGUAUUGCUGUGUCAUAGGCUGCCACAACAGUGCAGACAACACCAAGGCACGCGAUUCACGCGUGAAACUCUAUCGGUUCCCGGGCAUGUCGCACAAGAAAUAAAGGCGACAAGUAUGGAUCACUGCAGUAGGGAGAAUCAAGUACAUGAAGCACACACAGCAGCUGUAGCAGAAUGUGUUAACACGGAGCACUGAUGACUGAUGGAAUCUUUUUUUUUUUGUCGUACUGAUCAUUUACUACUUACAAGCUCCUUGUUAAUGAGUGUAAUAUUGUAUAGUUGCUCACAACAGUGUGUAUAUAAACGGUGCAGAAAGAAAGAUAAAUAUUGCACCGUUAUAUAUUAUAUAUCUGCACCAAAUCACUCAACUGUUCACUUACGCUCAUGUGGCAUUAAUCUGUGAACUGUGUUGAUCAUUGCCUUGUGGACAGUGGCCUUGAAGUGUACACACAGUAUAUAUGUGACAUCAGUUGAUGACAGACUGAGAGGUUGUAUGAUAUUGCAAGUCAUUGUUUUUUCACUUGUGCCAACUGUAACAUGCUCAUUUGACAAUAAACAUUUUUCCACAUUCGA